CCUGGGCCGCGGGGUGAGGCCGCGGCGGACUGCCCUUCCUCAAGAUGGCGUCGAAGAUAGGUUCGCGACGGUGGAUGCUGCAGCUGAUCAUGCAGUUGGGUUCGGUGUUGCUCACACGCUGCCCGUUCUGGGGCUGCUUCAGCCAGCUCAUGCUGUACGCUGAGAGGGCCGAGGCGCGCCGGAAGCCCGACAUCCCAGUGCCCUACCUGUACUUCGACAUGGGGGCGGCCGUGCUGUGCGCUAGCUUCAUGUCCUUUGGAGUGAAGCGGCGCUGGUUCGCUCUGGGGGCCGCACUCCAGCUGGCCAUUAGUACCUACGCCGCCUACAUCGGGGGCUACGUCCACUACGGGGACUGGCUGAAGGUCCGUAUGUACUCUCGCACAGUUGCCAUCAUCGGUGGCUUUCUUGUGCUGGCCAGCGGUGCUGGGGAGCUGUACCGUCGGAAACCCCGCAGCCGUUCCCUCCAGUCCACCGGCCAGGUCUUCCUGGGCAUCUACCUCAUCUGCGUGGCCUACUCGCUGCAGCACAGCAAGGAGGACCGGCUGGCGUACCUGAACCAUCUCCCGGGCGGGGAGCUGAUGAUCCAGCUCUUCUUCGUGCUGUAUGGCGUCCUGGCCCUGGCUUUCCUGUCAGGCUACUACGUGACCCUGGCUGCCCAGAUCUUGGCUGUUCUGCUGCCCCCGGUUAUGCUGCUCAUUGAUGGCAACGUUGCCUACUGGCAUAACACGCGGCGUGUUGAGUUCUGGAACCAGAUGAAGCUCCUUGGAGAGAGCGUGGGCAUCUUUGGGGCCGCUGUCAUCCUGGCCACCGACGGCUGAGUUGCACAGCGGGAGUCUGAGAUGGGUGCAGGGAGCCAGUGAGGGCUACCCUACCUUCCUCCUUGCUGGCCCAGUUAUGUUUACUUAUGCUUUUUGGUCUGUUUGUUUGAUCACUUGCGUUGUGUGCAUGUGUGUGCGUACGCAUGUGUGUGCGUGUGUUGGUAAGAGGCAGGUCUCUUCCCCAGUUCCUGGGCUUGGGCCUUGGUGAGGUGGGAGCCCUGAUGACUCUGCCUUACAGGUUUCUUUUUCCUGUUUGUUAUGAGGAGAGCUGAGGCCAGCUGCUCCCUUGGGUCUCCUGUCCCAGGGAAGGGAGUAAGGCAGGGCUAGGGUGGGGUACUGAGAGUGGGAGACAGAGGAGAACCGGAAGAGAGCCAAUGUGAAACAGCCCUUUUUGAACCUGGCAGAUGUAGCUAGGCUCCGCAGUGCUUUUCUGAGACUGAGAGCGAGUGAGUGUGCACGUUGACACGUGGCUCAGGCCCAGGAGGAGCAGAGGGGCCGGGCACCACGGAAGUCAUGUGGGCUCUCAGGGUGUGCUGGGGCAGAAACAGCACUAGCUGUCACCCACCUUGAGGGUAGAGCAGGCCCCAGUUUACUCUGGGGUUUGCAGGGGUGGGACAGGCAGCAGCCAGCUUCCUGCCUCUGGCCUUCUGUUUCCAGCUCCGUGGUUGGCCUGGUGGGGGUGAGUGCCCGCCCAAACACCAGACCACACAGUCCUCCGAAAAUAAACAUUUUAUAUAGACAUUUGGCUUUG